CUUCUAGAAGGUUCCAGAUGUCUAGGCCCGGAUGCCUGGUCUCAGCGGGCCGAAACCCUCCCUCCACCAGCUGCUUGGCCAGAUGCGCGGCCUCCUCCUCUUCCUCCUCCUCUCGGGGCUCCUCCAGCCCACGCAGGGUGUGGCGCUGGUGGCCCAAUGGUCACCCCAGGAGCUGACCUCCCCAGACUACCCAGAGCCGUACCCGAACGGUCAAGCCGUCACCACCCACAUUCGGGCUCCAGAGGGCUCGAACGUGCGCCUGGUGUUUGUGGACUUUGACCUGGAGGGCUCGCCAGGCUGCGCCAAGGCCUGGGUCACGGUGAGUCGGGAGGUGGGGGCUGCAGGACCCCCCCUCCCCAGCUCCGUCCCCGGCUACUCCCCCCCCACGCCCCAGCAAGGGGGGACCGGCUACUCAGGAGGCUGA